AUGGCGGCAAACAACGAACCUACCCUGCAGCUGUUGCCGUCUAGUCCGGCGAGUGAUGAUCUAGAGCCUCCCGCUGGAGCAGAUGCGAUUCCCGAGCUGCGACGAGGACGUGCACUCAAAUCGAGUCAUUAUCUAGCGACCAACCUCCCGCCUCUGCACAGCCUGCCAGAUAUCUUCGCUGACAUGGCAUCGAAGGCCCAGCAGCUGGGAUUCGAGCAUGUCCUCACUCGGCUUGGUGGUCGACCACUUCGAGUGGCGACAGUGUGUUCAGGAACGGAAGCUCCUCUUCUGGCCCUGGAGUUGAUUCAGACCGGUCUGGUAUCGAACCAACAAUUCAGGAUCUCGCACGCCUUCAGCUGCGAGAUUGUCCCAUUCAAGCAAUCAUACAUUGAGCGAAACUGCCGCCCACCGCUCCUGUUCAGGGAUAUUACCGAGCUCGGCGGAGAUCAGGCGCGGACUGCCUAUGGGUCCUUCAAAGCAAUUCCAGGUGGCCUGGACAUUUUGAUUGCUGGCACCGCCUGUGUCGACAGUUCAUCGCUGAAUAGCCUGCAGAAGACCCUCCAGCAAGGUGGAGAAUCAACGGCCACCUUUGGCGGCCUGCUGCAGUACGCAGCUAAAUAUCGACCCCGGAUGAUCAUCCAGGAGAAUGGCCGAAGCGCGCCAUGGGGUCAGAUGAAGGACAUGUGGGAGGAGUUCGGCUACAUAUGUGUGCAAACAAACCUGAACACCAAGCAAUACUACAUCCCACAGACACGCGAGCGGACGUAUAUGGUCAUCAUCGACAAGCACCGCUUGGAAGCAGUCCACCUGAUUACCCCUCUGGACCCGCGGGGAAUGAAACUCACUGAACGCGUUAGCGACCUUAUCGAGAAGUUCAAACGCCCAGCAAGUGCGCCUGUCGGACACUUCAUGCUCGACGAUGAAGACCGCCGACUCGAGCUCAUCGAGAGGAAAGCCUGCCUCGAUUCCCGGAGCGACGUCAGUUGGGAACAGUACAAAAUUCGGCACGACCAGCAGCGGAAACAGCUUGCUUUGGGCACCGGGAGACCCAUCACUCGGUCCCUGCCUGGAGUCAAUGACCUGCAGGUGCCAGAUUUCUACUGGCAUCGUUUCUGGCAGACGCAGCCAGAGCGAGUGUGGGAAACGGUCGACAUCAAUUUCCUGAAGCGCAUGCUUCAAGGAUAUGAUAUGAACCACAAGGACCGUUGGAUCGACCUGUCUCAGGGCGUCGACCGAAGCAACGAGGGAAUUGCAGGUGUUGGAGUCGCGCAUUGCAUAACACCGAAGGGAAUACCCUUCUCAACCACCAGGGGCGGCCCCGUAUCGGGCAUGGAGGCUCUGUCACUGCAAGGCCUGCCACUCGAUCGGAUGCUGCUGACGAGAGAAACAAACGCCGAGUUAAUGGACAUGGCAGGUAAUGCAAUGAAAAGUACCGUGGUGUGUGCAGUCAUGCUUGCUGGUUUGAUAGCCGUGCCUCAAAUUCUCCAAAACGACGAAGCGGGUUCAAUCCCACCUGGCGACACGCAGACACCACGUCUUGUUCCAAACGAGGUUUACGGCUUUGUGAGACGCACCCUCCAAGUCGCCGACGUUCCCCCGGUCGACCAGUCUGCUCUGAAAGCCAAGGCAGCGUGCAGUGUGAUUUGCUGUUACUGCGAGAGGCAGACUGGGGUUCAAGAUUCGAUCUUCCUCUGCACGCUAUGCGGGCAUACCGCCUGCAGAUCGUGCUAUGGCAACCCAACGCAUUCAUAUCGGCAUGUUUCCCCUCUUUCCAGAGUGAAGCCUUCAGAAUUCAUUGAAGAUGUGAAAAGUGUGGUGCCGAUGAAGAUCAGGAUUUCCGGCCUAUCUGAUUCGACUUUCGAGACAUUUAGACCCCUUUACUCAGGCGAAAUCCUCGCCCAAUUCUGGGGUGACUUCCUUCAGUGCACCAGGUCUGCCGUGCACGACCAAUUCCGCUUUUUUGAGAUCAAGCGCGGAAGAAAAUGGCGAGUUGUGUACGACGGCGAUCACGCCAGCUUGUUUCUCGAAAUCGGUCCGGACUCUAUCCAGUGGCUUUUGUACGGCCGAGAUUCCCCUUAUAUACGGAUUUCCGCUCUUUGA